AUGGCUUGCAUGGAGCUUCUCUACCUGUCCGAGGAGAGCAGGCAGGUGCCCCUGGGCACCGCUGCCGCCUGGAGCCUGCCCCCCCCUCCCUGCGAGCAGCAGCAGCAGGAGGGGGGUGAGGUGGACCCCAGAGCAGCCUCUGCCGUGGCAGCCCUGCGCUGCGAAAAGCACUGCAAGCCCUUGCAGAGGGGCCCUGUGGCUGAGCCCCCCCUGGCACCCCAGCCCUACCCCCCAGCUGCCUCGCCCCGGGACCACCCUGCACCGCCUGGCACCUCCCAGCCCUGCCACCCGCCCGAGCGCUUGCCCGGGGAAGAGGACGGAGGGAAGAAGAAAGCCUGCUGCUGUGCCCAAGAACUGGAGACAUCAUUCACCUAUGUGGACGAAAAUGUAAACCUGGAGCAUGCAAGAAGUGCCCCCAGUCCUGCAGACAGCCGCUGCCAGGAUGCCCCUGCGGCGGCCGGGAAAUCUGUGGACUAUGGGUUCAUUAGUGCCAUUUUAUUCUUGGUUAGUGGCAUUUUGCUGGUGAUCAUUUCCUACGUGGUACCCAGAGACGUGACUGUGGAUCCCAACACCGUGGCUGCCCGGGAGAUGGAGAGGCUGGAGAAUGAGAGCGCUAGGAUCGGGGCUCACUUGGACCGCUGUGUUAUUGCUGGGUUGUGUCUCUUAACCCUGGGGGGAGUGGUGCUCUCCAGCCUGCUGAUGAUGUCCAUGUGGAAAGGGGAGCUGUACCGGAGGAGCAGGUUUGCAUCCUCCAAGGAGUCUGCCAAGCUCUAUGGGUCUUUCAAUUUCAGAAUGAAGUCUAGUGCAAACGAUAAUAUGCUCGAGCUGUCAUUAGUUGAGGAAGAUGUGCUUGCCAUAGAUAAUUAGUGUGGUCAUGAUUUUUAAGGCAGCAUUUCUACAGGAAAAUAUGUUUCAUUAAAGAAAACAGAUGCGGCUAAAGAAACUGGUGAUGCAGUUUAUUUGUCUGACAAGAAUGUUUUUUUCUUAAGCUCUAUAAUCAAAUGUUUGCAGUAUAUGAGCAUUUGUUGUAAAGGAAAAAUGUGCCAGAGAAAAUGCAGCUGAUAUAAAAUAAUGAAAACCACUGAAUAAAAAGAGAUUUGUGAUAA